AUGCAUUUUUUUCUAGUUUGGAUUAUUUUUCCAGUUGUGUACUGUAACGUACCACGAUUAUCAAAAAAUGUUGUGCCAACUAACUACAAUCUCACGCUCAUCACCCAUUUACCAGGAUAUGGAUAUCAACCUACACCUGAAAGAAACCUAACAUACGAGGGAGAACUGCAUAUCGAUUUGGAGUUAUCUGAAAAUCUUGACAAUAUUACAAUUCAUGCUGCGGAUAAUAUUGUUUUUAAUAUUGAAAAUUGCAAAAUUGUGAAUUCAGUACGUGAAAAAGAUAGAUAUAUUUUGGAAUGAUUUUAAUUUCAGAAAAAUGGAAAAACAGUUGCAAUUAAAAAUAUCACUGAAAGCGACUUGUUUCAACAAGUAACUAUUGUUUUUGAGCAAUCUGUUCAAAAAGGAUCAUUUGUUCUUAUUCUUCAAUACGAAUCAAUAUUUUCCCAAGGACUACGUGGAUUUUAUAUUUCGCCUUAUACAAAUCAACAAUCAAAAUUGGCAGCUGUUACCCAGUUUGAAGCAUUGUCUGCAAGAUCAGCUAUUCCUUGUUUUGAUGAACCUGCUAUUAAAGUAAGUUAACUUUUUCAAUGAAAAAUCAGAAAUGCAGAACAUUAUUUUUAGGCAACUUGGGAUAUAACCAUUAUACAUCCUGAAGGAACACAUGCAUUGUCUAAUGGAAAAGAAAUAUCAACAAAACCUGCGAAUAAAUCGCAAUUUUUGGUGACAAGAUUCGAAAAAACACCAAAAAUGUCAUCAUAUUUGUUAGCAUUUGUUAUAUCUGCCAUGGAAUACAAUGAAAUUGUGACAAAAUCCGGACUUCGGGUAAAAAUUCACCGAAAAUGAAUCAAUUACUAUAUUACUCUUUCAGAUAAGAUUAUAUACAUCGAAAACGCAUUCGAAGAGAGAUAUCAAUUUCGCACUGAAAACGGCAGCAAAGACUUUUGAAUAUUUUGAAAACAUUUUUGGAAUUAAAUUUCCAAUCAGAAAAGUUGAUAUUGUUGGACUAAUUCUAUUUGAAAGUGGUGGAAUGGAAAAUUGGGGUCUGAUAACAUUUUUUGAAGAGGAACUUUUUGUUAUGGAUGAAUUUAGUAUGAAGUUACUCACUCAUGAAAUUGCACAUCAAUGGUUCGGAAAUCUUGUAACAAUGGAAUGGUGGACAGAAACUUGGUUAAACGAAGGAUUUGCUGAUUUUUAUGAAAUAUUGGGUGCUCAUAAUAUCUCUAAUGGAAAAUAUGAUUUUGAACAAAAUAUUGGUGAAUUGUCUUACGAAUAUCUGGAUUAUCAUUCAACACCAAAUACAAUAGGUUUUGAAACUCCAACAAUUGUACCAGAAUUUAAGACAUUGAAAGAAGUUGAGAGUGUUUUUUCAUUGACAACAUAUACAAAAGGUGGUGCAAUCAUUAAUAUGUUCAGAGACGCGAUUGGUCAUUUACAAUUUGAUGAAGGCAUAAAGAGAUAUCUGAAAGCUAAUGCGUAUUCUUCAACAAACUCAUCUGUUUUAUAUGAUUAUUUUAAAAUGCCACAAGGAAACGGACCAUCUUCAGUUUCUGAUUUUUUAGAUCCAUGGUUGAAUCAAGUUGGUCACCCUUUGAUAACAAUUGAUCAAUACAAUGAUACUCAUAAUAUUUUAACACAAAGUAGAUUUGAUAAUGGUAAUAUAUUGGAAAUCGAUAAACAUUUCAAUCAAACAAUUUGGAAUUAUCAAUGGGAUAUUUUAGUUGAAUAUGAAAUCAGUCUCGAUGAAGUUGGAAAAGUUUGGCUUCUGAAAAACUCGACAGCAUACAUCCCAAGACAUUCUACUUUAAACCCAAGAGCCAUUGGUAUAUACGCAGUUCUUGAUAAAACAGAAAUAACUGACGUCGAAGAAAUUGACAGUCCUGAUCAUAUGCAAACAAAAUUGAGUAAUAUUUUUGAGUUUUGGAGAAAUGGACGAAUAAGUCGAAAUAAAAAUGAGAAAGUUUUCCAAGAUUCUGAAAAACUUUGGAGAAGCAAUCGAAAAAUUCGAUCGAAUAUCAAAGCACAAUCAAAAAUUGUGGCAGGACAAAGGGCCAUUCAGAAUUAUAAAAAUAUCAGACGGUGAGUUUCAUCAGAAUCAUACUACAAGUGCCUGCAUUCUUUUACAGAUUCCGUUCAAAUCGCAAAUUCAGAAAAGGAAGAAUGAAUACUCCAAAAUAUUGGUCAACAUUUGAAGAAUUUGUGAAAUGA